AGGGCCGAAGGUUGUUUAGGAAACGUGGGUAGAUCGAACCACGACACAGGAAGAGAUACCAAUGAUUGAAGAAUGCAGAGGCUUGAAAAAAAUUGGCGAUACUCAAAACAAGAGGGCAGAGGACUCAGACACAAGCUAUGAGUUUGCCCCAGCGUUUAAGUGUGUAGAGCCGGAUAUCAGCUAUGAUCUGGCUCAACUUUCUGAGACCAUCAAGCCAGAUCUUAGCUAUGAGUUGGUUCAACUGUUUGAGACCCCCGAUUUGGACAUGGUUUGUGAGCUUGCCCAACCAUUUGAGUCUGUUGGCCCAGAUGUCGGCUACAAGCUGGCUCAUCCUUUUGAGACCGUCGAGUCGGACGUCAGCUAUGAGCUGGUGCAACUAUUUGGGACCAUCGAACAUGUUGACGAUUAUGACUUAGCUCAACUCUUUGAGGCCUCCGAACCGGGUAUCGACUAURGRCUUACCCRACUGUUGGAGACUGUCGAGCCGGACGACGGCUAUGAGCUUGCACAACUGUUUGAGACCCUCGACUCCGAUGUCGACUAUGAUCUUGCCCAACURUUGGAGACCAUCGAUACGUCCGAAAACGAUGUCGGGUAUAGUUUUAAGAGCCAAAAGCUGGUAACUAUGAAAAAUAUUGAAGAUUUCAUAAUGAAUCAAUGCACGACGRUGAGUGUUGAAGGARAAUUAGACGGGAACCUCUUGGAAGGACAAGACAAUGAGAUUCGACUUUCAUCUGACCAAGAAGGCGGAGGAAAGACCAUUGUGGAAGUUAAGUUUAUUGAGGAUGCAGACCAUCUUAAAAGCACGUCGAGAGAAUUUAAGGAACUGUCAGAACUCAAGGAAGGGUUUCAAGUGAAGAAAUCCGUUAUUGACGAUAAUGAUUCGAUUAAGACUGGAAAUYGGGUCGCAAAAUUUCAGCUUGGGAUAAGAGUGCGAGGCUGGAAUGAAGACUUGCGCCUCCUUUUUCUCUUACUGAUCAUCCUWACGUCAACUUAUGCUCGUACUUUCCGUUGUYGGUGCUACGACUGCAGCUUUAAUGUCGGCAUCUUACUWAGCAUGGCUGAUCGUCUCAUUACGUUUGAUCUUUAUGGUGGCGCGAGCUCCUUGUGG